UCAAAGUAAAUAAAUAAUCGUCAAAAGUGCUUUAUUUUAAAAUUAUAUUGUUUUAUGCUUCUCAUGUUUUUAUACAAAGUGAUAAAUCGCCAUUUAUAGAAUAAUCUGGAAACUAUCUAUCACUAUGAAAAUCUUUUUAUUAAAUGAUACAGUUGAACAGAGAUAAAAUGGUCGUUUUAAAAUAAUCUGGAAAACUAAUGAAUAAAUAUGUUUAACAUAUAUAAUUAAAUAAAAAAUUGUACAGAAUUGAUAAUAAAUAAUAUUAAUUUAAAUUUUAAAAUAAAUACACAAUCUGUGUAUGUAUGUGCGAAAUGAUAUUUUAAUAUACUAAUAAUAUAACCUAAAUUCAGUUCGAUGAUUUAUUGUUUUACAUCGUAUCAUCUUCAAAGUUAAAAUAAUUAUAAUAUACGCAUAAUAUGGAUUAUAAUAAAAAUAAGUGUAGAAAUGUAAUAACAAUUUUAUAAAUAUUUCAAAUAAAAUAAUUUAAAAAUACAUUUCAUAGUGUAAUUAUGACGCGCAAGUGUGUACUGUGUAAAGAAACCAAUUAUAGAAACACUUAUAGCUUUUUCUCAGCACCAAAAGAUCCUGAAACCCGUAAAAAAUGGCAAAAUGCCAUAGCCAUUGAAAAUUAUGCUGUUACUGAUGAUACAUAUGUUUGUAGUAAACAUUUUCACAAAGAUGAUAUCAUCACGCAUUGGGUUAGUGGUGUACCUCCACAUGUUGUAACUAUUAAAUAUAAGAAAUGCAGAUUAAGACCAGGAGCUGUACCAGAAAGGAAUUAUCAUUCUGAAGAUGUUCAAGAAAAUUAUGAUGAUUCUCAGAGUACUAUUGAUAAAUUUGAUAAAGUAAAUACAAUAGAAGAAAAAAAAACAGAUUUUCUUAUACCUAGAACUGAAGAAGAAUUACAAAUAAAUAAUGAUGAGAAUCAAUUUUCUUGUGAUUUUAAUGAUUAUAUCCAUAAUUCUAAAAGAAAUUCCUUAAAUAAAGUGGAAUUGAUAGAAAAUAGUCCAAAUGUAAAUAAUGCAUCUUACAAUGGAUCUAAAAUUAAAGAAUCUUUGAAACAAAAUAAAACAACAAAUUUAAUGGAAAACUGUAUCAUUUCUGAAACAAAUUUGAUGGAAAGUGCAAAUUUUGAAGAUAAAAGAAAAAACCAAAGUCAAAUAUCUAAAGGAGAUUCCUAUUUCAAGAUACAGAAAAAAAGUUCAGAGUCUUCCUCCAAAAAUUAUAUUUCUGAAGAACAUGAAAUAAUAGAAUGGAAACACAAAACAGUGAAAAAAGAUAUGUCAUCUAAAGAAAAAUCACCAGACAAUUUUAAAACUGAGAAUGUAUAUAAGAUGUAUAUAGAAAAUCAAAUAGUACACAAUUUAAAUUAUAAUCAAUUAGAUGAACAUUAUUCUAUGUGUAAUGAAAUUGAUGAAAAUGAAAUGUUAUUUGAAGAUUUACUUGAAAUAUGUACUGAAAUAUUAUUACCACGUGGAUGGUCAUGUUUAGUAACUUCAAAAGGUCAUACAACAACAAUAGUAUAUUUAUAUAUGGGAAUGACAAAAAGUGGUAUGCCUUUCACAGAAAAGCAAGUAUUUAUAAAGAGUGAUAUGAUGUUGCAUUGUGUUGUUAUAAAUAAAGAAAUUGAUCCACUUAUUCAUAAUCUUAUAAGAGAAGGAAAACAUUUAAAAGUACAGAAUUUGUCAGAUAUAGAAGAACUUAUUGACGAAUUUGAUCGAAGAACUGUUUGUCAAGGUAUAUACAAUUUCGGAAGAUUACAAGAUAUUAAUCGUAUCAUAGUUGCUUAUAAAGAUGGUAUAAAAUGGAGACACAUUUUAUGUCCAUUAAUAGUGAAUAACGAUUCAUCAAGAUGCACAAGAUGCAUUUCAUUAUCUCGUACAUUACAGCAUAAAUCGAAAAAUCUUGUAUUUCCUCACAAUUCUUCAAUAUUUAAAAAUCAGCAUCAGAAAAUACACUCAGUACGUCAUAAAUAUAAGCAUACAAGGAAACAAGAUCAUGGAUAUGAAUUUAUAAAAGUAUUCAAACAAUAAUUUUGAAUAAAAAUUUUUAAAAAGUACAA